UUCUUUAUUCUCGCGUUCCUUCACUAUAUAUAUAAAUAAAUCACAUAUUGCUUAAUCACUUCAAAUCUAAUCCACAUUUCACACCAUCUCUUUCUCUGUUUCCUUUUCUCUCAUUAAAAUAAUAGAGAAAUGGAAAAUUACGAGCAAAACUUAAACUCACCAGCUCAUGAAGAAGAUUCUGAUGUACGGAAAGGUCCAUGGACCGAGGAAGAAGAUGCUAUUCUCGUCAACUUCGUCUCCAUCCACGGUGAUGCUCGCUGGAACCAUAUCGCUCGUUCCUCAGGGCUUAAGAGAACUGGUAAGAGUUGCAGGUUAAGAUGGCUUAACUACUUGAGGCCAGAUGUUAGACGAGGCAACAUCACUCUCGAAGAACAGUUUAUGAUCCUCAAACUCCAUUCUCUCUGGGGCAAUAGGUGGUCGAAGAUUGCACAAUAUCUACCGGGAAGAACAGAUAAUGAAAUAAAGAAUUAUUGGAGAACUCGUGUGCAAAAACAAGCUAAACACCUUAGAUGCGAUGUUAAUAGCAAUCUUUUCAAGGAGACAAUGAAAAAUGUUUGGAUGCCUAGAUUAAUGGAAAGAAUCAACGCCCAAACACCAUCCCCCACGUAUGACCCAGUGGAGUCAGUGAUCACCGACCCAGGUCAACCUAUCGACAAACAGACUCCGGUCGAGCCAGGUUUUGUUUUAAACCCGGACCAGCAUCGUCAUCAAUUCGUUCAGGCUUCGGAACUGUGCGCAACGUCUUCAACCUCGCCAGCUGAGACGUUAUCGGACGUUCAAGACAGGGUAGUGAACGGGUCUGGUUAUGAUCCGGCGGGUCAAACGGGUUUCUUGGAGUUAAACUAUUGGGGCUGUGAUGAUGGAGACAACAUGUGGACCGAUGAUGAGAGUUUUUGGUUCUUGCGGGACCAGUUCUGCCACGAGACCACAUCCUUUUCGUAUAAUUAAGGAAAUUUACGAUUAUGAUACGUAACGAGGAAUUCAACUGCGUCACGUUAGGUGUAAUAGUCAUUCGUGCGUGAUGCCAUUUUAGAUACGGCCUUGGUAUACGAAUCUUGACUUAUUUUAAUAUGUUUUCUUUUUUCUUUUCCCGUUUAAACUAAGAUCUGAUCAUCACGUACGUGAGGAUAACUGUGAUUUGUGAUAUAUGUGAAUUAUUCAAUAAUAUAACGUUUCUAA